CAGUUAAAAAGCUCCGGCCCUGGAGCGGGAGGUGCGCCACGACCCGCCGCCGCAGGUGCUCGCUUUCCCAGCUGCUGCUGCUCCCAAACCCCGGCGCGGAUCCUGGCGGCGCGCUUGCCGCAGCUGGUGCUUGAGCGCGCGCCGCGGCUGCCGAGGGAGCGAGGCCAGGCUGAAGGUUCAGCCGGAGCGAGGCGGCGAGGGCGAUGGCGUCGCUGGGGCGGCUCAAGUCCGCCAUCUUCGAUAGGGAGGAGAGGAAGAUGCAGUACCAAUCGCACAUCCGCGGGCUCAAUGCCUAUGAUCGCCAUAAGAAGUUCAUGAAGGAUUAUGUUCAGUUUUAUGGCCAUGAGAAAAAUGUGGAUAGUAGUUUGCCCAUCAAAACUGAUAAAGAUACACUGAGAGAAGGAUACAGGUUCAUUCUUUCCGAGGAAGAUGACAUGGAUUCAACUUGGGAGAAGAGGCUGGUCAAACGUUACUAUGACAAACUUUUUAAGGAGUAUUGCAUUGCUGACAUGACCCAGUACAAAAAAGGCAAGAUUGGAUUGAGAUGGAGAACAGAAAAGGAGGUGAUAUCUGGCAAGGGGCAAUUUAUCUGCGGCAAUAGGCAUUGUGAUGAAAAACAUGGUCUAGGUAGUUAUGAGGUCAAUUUUUCUUAUGUUGAAGCAGGGGAACAAAAACAAGCACUAGUGAAGUUAGUAGCUUGCAAAAGAUGUGCAGAAAAGCUUGCUUAUAAGAGGCAAAAGGAGAAAGAGAAGGAAAAUGAGCUCUCUGGUGAAAAGGAAAUUGAAUUGAAAGACAGUGACAAGAGAAAGAGAAAACAUGAGGAAAAUGAUGAUACCUCUGAGGACGAGGACGAGAAAUAUAGAAGAAAGAAAAAAGAUCGGAGUGGAGCUUCUUCAAGGAGUUCAGGGAAUAAUGACGAAGGCUUCGAAGAGUACCUCGAAGGCAUGUUCCCGUGAUGUGAUUCUUAUUUUUUAUUAAAGGAAAGGUGACUAGGAAAAAAAAGGCUCCUUGAGAUUCAUCGAAGAAAAAGAUGCACGGAUCUUGGAAAACAACACUAUUAGUGUAGUUGAAAGUCAGUUGCAAACCAGACUCGAUGUGCUUUGACCACAGAGUCAUGUAAGUGUUUUGUCUGUAAUUAUGUGUGCCUGUGUUGUUUUGUUUCCGCAUCACUUUCAGAAUAAUGAUUGAUGCCUGUUAGUCAAAGAAGAGUGUAAUGUAACUACUUCCCGACCCUGCAUUAGUGUUUUAGACUGAAUGACAUUUCCAGCAACGUCGCUUUCCAUGUCUA